AUGCAAUUCGGGGUAGACAAAUGUAAAACUCACUCAAUCAACCGCGGCAAGACAGAAUACAAUUUUUAUACACUUGAUACAGGUGAACAAAUAGAACCAAUGGAUGAACAUACGACGUAUAAAUAUUUAGGAUUCCGCCAGUCUAGACAGAUUCAGCAAAAACAGACAAAAUUAGAGUUAACACAGAAAUUCAAAGCCAGAAUAAGUCAGAUUUUGAGAACCCAAUUAAACUCACGCAAUACCAUCAAAGCCAUCAACACGUAUGCAAUACCAGUUCUUAUUUAUUCGUUUGGGAUUUUAGCCUGGUCCCAGAGCGAUCUCAUUAAAUUACAGCGCACAAUCAACACACACAUGACAACCAAUAGGAAACAUCACCCCAGAUCGUGCACACAACGUCUUACAUUACCACGGCAAGAUGGAGGGAGAGGUCUCAUCGACAUACAGAAUCUACACAACAAUCUUAUAGAUAAGUUACGCAAAUAUUUUUACGCCCAAGCCGGACAAUCAAAUCUUCAUAAAUUCUUAACCGAUAUAGACAAAAAAUUAACUCCGCUCAACUUAAACGACACAAACAUUCAACCAAAAUUAUUGAGCAAACAGCAGAAAAUAGACUUAUGGGCACAAAAGUCUCUACACGGCAGACAUCUCGCCGAUCUCAGCCAAACACACGUCGAUAGAAAAGCGUCGAACGAGUGGCUGCGGCGCGGAGAACUCUUCCCAGAAACCGAGGCUUUUGUGAUCGCUAUUCAGGAUCAGGUUAUCGAUACUCUUAACUACAAAAAACACAUAAUCCGUACCCCUAACCUUCCUACCGACUUAUGUAGACGAUGCCAUAGCAGUUCCGAAACCAUCCAACACAUCACUGGUUCUUGUAAAUCUAUUGUACAAACUGAUUAUAAACACAGACAUGACCAAGUUGCAGCAAUAAUCCAUCAAAAUCUAGCUCACAAAUACUCAUUUAUUUCAAAUAAAACUGCUUAUUAUAAAUAUAAACCCAGUACAGUUCUAGAAAAUAAUGCAUUUAAAAUAUAUUGGGAUAGGACAAUAAUUACCGACAAAACCAUACAUUAUAAUAGACCGGAUAUAACAAUACUAGACAAAACUAACAAAAUAGUUUUUAUUAUAGACAUAGCAGUAUGUAACACACACAAUCUCCUCACGACGCACACAGAAAAGAUGACUAAAUACACAGACUUAGCAACGGAAAUAAAAAGGCAAUGGCAGGUAGAUAGAGUUAAAAUAGUACCGAUUGUCAUAUCUACAACUGGUGUAGUACCGAAGAUUCUUCAAGAUAGCCUCAACACAUUGGAAAUGCCGAAAUCCUCUCUCAUACUCUUACAAAAAGCAGUCCUUCUUAACACAUGCCGUCUCACACGCAAAUUUCUCGCUUCAUCCUCAUCAUCUUAA